AUGAGUGAGAAAAGAUCUCUUCCCAUGGUAGAUGUGAGAAUAGAUGACGAAGAUACUCCCCAAUUGGAAAAAAAAAUAAGGCGGCAAUCGAUAGAUCAUGGUGUUGGAAGUGAGCCUGUCUCUACAAUAGAGAUUAUUCCAAGUGACUCCUUCAGAAAGUAUAAUAGCCAAGGUUUCAAAGCAAAGGAUACAGAUUUAAUGGGUACGCAACUAGAGUCUGCUUUUGAACAUGAAUUAUCACAAAUGGAACAUGACAUAACUGAUCAAAAAGGGCAUGAUCUUUCACUAUUUGAACGUGAGAAGCUUCCAAGCGAUUUCAACGCAAAUUUAUACGACAUUUCCUUCCAACAGAUUGAUGCUGAACAAAGUGUGCUGAAUGGUAUGAAAGAUGAAAAUACUUCAACUGUAGUAAGAUUUUUUGGCGUCACUAGUGAAGGUUACUCCGUACUUUGUAACGUCACGGGCUUUAAAAAUUAUUUUUAUGUUCCAGCACCCACUUCAUCUGACGCAGAUGACCAGGAACAGAUUAAUAAGUUUCUUCACUACUUGAACGAGUCUUUUGACCAUGGCAUUGAUUCAAUUGAAGUGGUAUCUAAACAGUCUAUUUGGGGUUAUUCCGGUGACACCAAGUUACCAUUCUGGAAAAUCUACGUCACUUAUCCACAGAUGGUUAACAAAUUGCGCACUGCAUUUGAAAGGGGACACCUCUCAUUCAAUUCGUGGUUUUCAAACGGUACAACAACCUAUGAUAAUAUCGCCUACACCUUAAGACUAAUGGUAGACUGUGGAAUUGUUGGUAUGUCAUGGAUAACACUGCCAAAAGGAAAAUAUUCUAUUAUAGAACCAAAGAAUAGCGUUUCUUCUUGUCAAUUAGAAGUUACAAUUAAUUAUCGUAACCUCAUAGCGCAUCCCGCUGAAGGUGAUUGGUCUCAUUCGGCUCCCUUGCGUAUCAUGUCAUUUGACAUUGAAUGUGCCGGUAGAAUUGGCGUUUUCCCAGAACCUGAAUAUGAUCCUGUCAUCCAAAUUGCCAAUGUCGUAAGUAUUGCUGGUGCUAAGAAGCCAUUUAUUCGUAAUGUUUUCACUUUAGAUACCUGUUCACCCAUAACAGGUUCGAUGAUCUUUUCACAUGCUACAGAGGAGGAAAUGCUUAGCAAUUGGCGUAAAUUCAUCAUUAAGGCUGAUCCUGAUGUUAUCAUCGGUUAUAAUACCGCAAACUUCGAUAUACCAUACCUUUUGAAUCGUGCAAAGGCGUUGAAAGUAAAUGAUUUCCCAUAUUUUGGGAGAUUGAAAAACGUCAAACAAGAGAUUAAAGAAUCUGUAUUCUCUUCAAAAGCCUAUGGUACCAGAGAAACAAAAAACGUUAAUAUCGAUGGCCGUUUGCAGCUAGAUCUCUUGCAAUUCAUUCAGCGUGAGUAUAAAUUAAGAUCGUACACAUUAAACGCAGUCUCUGCGCACUUUCUGGGGGAACAGAAGGAGGAUGUGCACUAUAGUAUAAUUUCUGAUCUGCAAAACGGCGACAGUGAAACAAGAAGAAGGUUAGCUGUUUACUGUUUGAAAGAUGCAUAUCUGCCUCUGAGGCUUAUGGAAAAAUUAAUGUCCCUAGUUAAUUAUACCGAAAUGGCUCGUGUUACAGGUGUGCCUUUUUCGUAUUUGUUGGCUCGUGGUCAACAAAUCAAGGUUGUUUCUCAACUGUUUAGGAAAUGUCUAGAAAUCGAUACUGUGAUACCAAACAUGCAAUCUCAGGCCUCUGACGAUCAAUAUGAAGGUGCCACUGUUAUCGAACCCAUCCGUGGCUAUUAUGAUGUACCGAUUGCAACGUUGGAUUUCAAUUCAUUAUAUCCAAGUAUUAUGAUGGCGCACAACCUAUGUUAUACAACCCUUUGCAAUAAAGCAACUGUAGAAAGAUUAAACUUUAAACUUGACGAAGACUACGUUAUCACACCAAAUGGUGAUUAUUUUGUUACUGCUAAAAGGAGACGCGGUAUCUUACCAAUCAUUCUGGAUGAAUUAAUUAGCGCCAGAAAACGUGCUAAAAAGGAUUUAAGAGAUGAAAAGGAUUCAUUUAAGAGAGAUGUUUUGAAUGGUAGACAGUUGGCUUUAAAAAUUUCGGCAAAUUCUGUUUACGGUUUUACAGGUGCUACGGUGGGUAAAUUACCAUGUUUAGCCAUUUCUUCGUCUGUUACGGCUUAUGGUCGUACCAUGAUUUUAAAAACAAAAAAUGCAGUUCAAGAGAAAUACUGUAUCAAGAAUGGCUAUAAGUAUGAUGCUGUCGUUGUUUACGGUGACACUGACUCUGUUAUGGUAAAAUUUGGCACAACAGAUUUAAAAGAAGCUAUGAAUCUUGGUACAGAGGCGGCUAAAUAUGUUUCUACUUUAUUCAAACAUCCGAUUAACUUAGAAUUCGAAAAAGCUUAUUUCCCGUACCUAUUGAUUAAUAAAAAGCGUUACGCAGGCUUGUUCUGGACUAGUCCUGAAAAGUUUGAUAAAUUGGACCAAAAAGGUCUUGCGUCCGUUCGUCGUGAUUCGUGUUCCUUGGUUUCUAUUGUUAUGAAUAAAGUUUUAAAGAAAAUUUUGAUUGAAAGAAACGUUGAUGGUGCUUUAACUUUUGUUAGAGAGACCAUUGAUGAUAUUCUGCAUAAUAGAGUGGAUAUUUCGAAGUUGAUCAUAUCGAAAACAUUAGCACCAAAUUACACAAACCCACAGCCACAUGCUGUUUUGGCCGAACGUAUGAAGAGGAGAGAAGGCGUUGGUCCAAAUGUUGGUGAUCGUGUGGAUUAUGUCAUAAUCGGUGGCAAUGAUAAGCUUUAUAAUAGAGCAGAAGAUCCAUUAUUCGUAUUGGAAAAUAAUAUUCAAGUAGAUUCGCGUUAUUAUUUGACGAAUCAAUUACAAAACCCGAUUAUUAGUAUUGUUGCGCCCAUUAUUGGCGACAAGCAAGCAAGUGGUAUGUUCGUCGUGAAAUCAAUUAAAAUUAACACCGGUUCUCAAAAGGGAGGCCUAAUGAGUUUCAUCAAAAAAGUGGAAGCCUGUAAAAGCUGUAAAGGCCCGCUGAAGAAAGGUGAAGGUCCCCUUUGUUCGAACUGUUUAGCAAGAUCCGGCGAAUUGUACAUCAAGGCGUUGUAUGAUGUCAGAGACUUGGAAGAAAAAUAUUCAAGGCUAUGGACACAAUGUCAAAGAUGUGCAGGUAACUUGCAUAGUGAGGUUCUGUGUUCAAAUAAAAACUGUGACAUUUUUUACAUGCGUGUCAAGGUUAAGAAAGAGCUACAGGAAAAAGUGGAACAAUUUAGCAAAUGGUAA